AGUUGGCUGCAGUUGCAGCUUUUAUUUUUUGACAUUUUUCUUUGUGUUGUAAACAAAAUGUCAAAAAAUUAACGAACAAAUCGUCCAUUUUCGUCGUAGACGUCAACUAAUAACAUCGUUUUUAGCUUUGUUCUUAAAUUCACUUUUCACGAGUCCCUAAUUCCACAUUUUGAUUCAAGAUGGUUAGGGAGAACAAAGCUGCCUGGAAGGCCCAAUAUUUCCUAAAAGUAGUCGAUCUCUUCAACGAGUACCCCAAGUGCUUCAUCGUCGGUGCUGACAAUGUUGGUUCCCGUCAAAUGCAAACCAUCCGUACCAGCCUCCGUGGCAUGGGUGUCGUUCUUAUGGGUAAGAACACCAUGAUGCGUAAAGCCAUCCGUGGUCAUUUGGAACAAAAUGCCCAAUUGGAAAAAUUGUUGCCCCAUAUCAAGGGCAAUGUCGGUUUCGUCUUCACCAAGGGCGAUUUGGCUGAAAUCCGCGACAAGUUGUUGGAAUCCAAAGUACGUGCCCCCGCUCGUGCUGGUGCCAUUGCUCCAUUGGAUGUCAUCAUCCCUGCUCAAAACACCGGUUUGGGUCCCGAAAAGACUUCUUUCUUCCAGGCUUUGUCCAUCCCAACCAAGAUUUCUAAGGGUACAAUUGAAAUUAUCAAUGAUGUCCCUAUCUUGAAGCCUGGUGACAAGGUCGGUGCUUCCGAAGCUACCUUGCUUAACAUGUUGAACAUCUCUCCCUUCUCAUACGGUUUGAUCGUCAGCCAAGUCUACGACUCCGGCUCCAUCUUCUCCCCCGAGAUCUUGGACAUCAAGCCCGAGGACUUGCGCGCCAAGUUCCAAGCUGGUGUUGCCAACUUGGCCUCCGUCUGUUUGGAAAUUGGUUACCCCACCAUUGCCUCUGCUCCUCACAGCAUUGCCAACGGUUUCAAGAACUUGUUGGCUAUUGCCGCCACCACCGAAGUCGAAUUCAAGGAAGCCACCACCAUCAAGGAAUACAUCAAGGAUCCCAGCAAAUUCGCUGCUGUUGCCGCCGCCCCCGCUGCCGGUGCUGCUGUCGCCGAAAAGAAGGAAGAAGCCAAAAAGGAAGAAUCCGAAGAAGAGGAAGACGACGAUAUGGGUUUCGGUCUCUUCGACUAAAUACCCUAACUUUCAACAAUACACUUUACCAAAUCUCUUUGGUAUUUUUGUUGAAAAGAUUACGAUUUACUUUAAUGUUGAUGUUUUUAGAAAAAAUGACAAAAUCUAUUUCUAACUGUGAUUUUUAUGCGUCAACAAGUGUAGCAAAUUAUUGUCGUGGUUUGACUGACCCAAUGGCAAGUUGUUGCAUUCGUUGGACUGUUUAGAAAUUACUUUAAUCUAAAAAUAAAGAUCGUAAUCCUUAAGGCUAUCUAA